AGGAAAAGGAAAAGGAAGCGGGCAGGUCUUAAAGGGGCCGCAGCCAUUUUUAAGGCCUCUUUUCCUUUCUCCAAUUUUGGAAGUACGAGCGCAGAAGAGUAGAUUCUCGGAAGCUGAGCACCACUGGAGCUGGAGGGACCGCAGCUGGAGACUGCGGCGCCUGCGGGGCGGGCGGAGGCGAGGGUCCGCCCAUAGGAAGGGCGGGGUGUGCGCGCCCCCUGCGCCCCGCUCACAUCUGGGGCGGCCCGGGCUCCGGCGCGCUGCGAGCUGUAACAUCUGGGGCCGGGCGCGGGCAGCGGGGUGUUGCGCGCAGUUGGCGCCGCCGGUGCGCCGGGCAGGAGGGUGAGGCCGCGCGGCGGGGCUGAGACAGCUGGCACCUCCGGAUCGGCCCGGGGCGGCAAGGGGGCCGCCGCGAUGCCAAGCGAAAACAUCUUCCUGUUUGUGCCUAACCUAAUUGGUUAUGCCCGGAUUGUCUUCGCCAUCAUUUCUUUCUACUUCAUGCCCUGCUGCCCCCUCACGGCCUCCUCCUUCUACCUGCUUAGCGGACUUCUGGACGCUUUCGAUGGAUAUGCUGCUCGAAUCCUUAAUCAAGGGACCCGGUUUGGGGCCAUGCUGGACAUGCUGACGGACCGCUGCGCCACCAUGUGCCUGCUGGUCAACCUGGCCCUGCUGUACCCGCGUGCCACCCUUCUCUUCCAGCUCAGCAUGAGCCUGGAUGUGGCCAGCCACUGGCUGCACCUCCACAGUUCUGUGGUCCGAGGCAGCGAAAGUCACAAGAUGAUCGACCUGUCGGGAAACCGAGUGCUUCGAAUCUACUAUACCUCCCGACCUGCUCUGUUUACCCUGUGUGCCGGAAACGAACUCUUCUACUGCCUCCUCUACCUGUUCAGUUUCUCCGAGGGACCUCUAGUUGGCUCCGUGGGUCUUUUCCGGCUGGGACUGUGGGUCACCGCCCCGGUCGCCCUGCUGAAGUCCCUCAUCAGUGUCAUCCACCUGAUCACAGCCGCCCGCAACAUGGCUGCCCUGGAUGCGGCAGACCGUGCCAAGAAGAAGUGACCUUGGAACUCCAGCCUCUGGCGGCCCACCUGCCCUGGGAGCCUCCUGUGUCACACGGCUCCCCUCUUCCUCCUAGGAGGUCCAGGCUCAUGUCUUCCUAAUGUGUUGUUCAACCCGCUGGAAGUGGGUCAGCCUCUUCCGUGAUGUCAUGUUCUCCAAACUCCAGAAGGCCGAUCCCACCCCUGGGCUCCAAAUCAGGAAGGAUGCUCAGGAGACCCCGCCCACACAGGCAGUGCUUCCGGGGCACCCAGGGGCUGGUCUGAGGGCUGGGCAUUGUCACCCCUGCUGGCUUAGCCCUGGGGUCUGGCUUGGCCUGAGACUGUAGGGACACUUGUGUGAGGGAGAUGGGGUAAGGGCCAGUGUCCCAGAAGGCGGGGUAGCCGAGCUCUGCCCCGGGCCAGAGGAAGCCUGCAGGUGCUGUGGCUGGGCACAAGGAGCCGCCUGGAUCCCGCCCCAUCGCAGCGUCCUCUGUCCCGUCCGUCCCAGCUCUGAGAACUUGGAUAGUAAAGGCGGGCUUCCCCGUCCGGGCUUGCUUCCCUGUGACAGGCUCGGACUGGGGCCUGGGCUGAGCGGAGCUGGGGGAAGAAGGACGGUCCCUCUGGCUCGCUCCUUCCUCUCAUUCCACAGAGACCCUCCCUGCCACCAAGGUCAUGCCAUGUCCUCCACGACACUGUCACAGCUGUCUGCAUUUAUUAGUAUACCCGGUAUUUUCUGUCCCCUAGAUGUCAACUCCACAAGGGCACGGACUUUUCUGGUUCCUUCUCUCCCUCCAGUGAAGAUUAACCCCAACCUGGCCUAUUGUAGCUGCUUAAUAAAUACUCACAAGUAGACCAGUUGGUUUCUCAGUGAAGUCUUUAGACCACCUGUGGGGUAUUUUUUUUUUUUUAAAUUCAGCUUCUAGAACAUUGAACCAGAGUUGGAGUCUCUAGGGAUGGGCCCAGAAGUCUGCAAUUUUAAUAAACUCCAGGUGAUCAAUUCUUCCUGA